UCCCACAGGCCCACAGCGCCCCCUACCCUGCUCCCACCUCUGGGCAGGGCCUGCGUGGGCCUCGCUGAAGGCCUCAGUUCCUGUCCACUCCGCCCUGUGUGCUGGGGUCCUCCGUCUUGCCCGCAGCCGGGUCCCUCCCAGUGUGGUCACCCGGUUCAGCCUCUCUUCUCCCCUUUGUCAGUGGCCGCUCCCCGAGACGCUGAGAUCCACAAGGACGUUCAGAACUACUACGGGAAUGUACUGAAGACAUCUGCAGACCUCCAGACUAAUGCUUGUGUCACCCCAGUCACUUUGGUCCCCAAGUACAUCCGGGAAACUCUGAAGAAUGUACACGAGGACGUUACCUCGAGGUAUUAUGGCUGUGGUCUGGUUGUCCCUGAGCUCCUGGAAAACUGCCGGAUUUUGGAUCUGGGUUGCGGAAGUGGCAGAGACUGCUAUGUGCUUAGCCAGCUAGUUGGCGAGAAGGGACAUGUCACUGGAAUAGACAUGACUGAGGUCCAGGUGGAAGUGGCUAAAACCUAUCUUGAGUACCACAUGGAAAAAUUUGGUUUCCAGGCACCCAAUGUGGCUUUUAUUCACGGCUGCAUUGAGAAGUUGGCGGAGGCUGGAGUGCAGAAGGAGAGCUACGACAUCGUCGUAUCCAAUUGUGUUAUCAACCUUGUCCCCGAUAAAGGACAAGUGCUUCGGGAGGUGUAUCACAUGCUCAAGUACGGUGGGGAGCUGUAUUUCAGUGACGUCUAUGCUAGCCUUGAAGUGCCAGAAGACAUCAAGUCACACAAGGUUUUAUGGGGUGAGUGCCUGGGUGGUGCUUUGUACUGGAAGGAUCUUGCCAUCAUUGCCCAAAAAAUUGGGUUCUGUCCUCCGCGUUUGGUCACUGCCAGUCUCAUUACAGUUCAAAACAAGGAACUAGAAAGUGUUAUUGGUGACUGUCGCUUUGUGUCUGCCACGUUUCGACUCUUCAAACUCCCAAAGACAGAACCAGCUGAAAGAUGCCGAGUUGUUUACAAAGGAGGAAUCACAGGGCAUGAGAGAGAACUAAUCUUCGAUGCAAAUUUCACAUUCAAGGAAGGCGAAGCCGUUGACGUGGAUGGAGAGACCGCAGCUGUCUUGAAGAACUCACGUUUUGCUCGAGAGUUUCUCUUCACACCUGUGGGAGCCGUGCUGCUGGCUGCCCGGGGCUGUUCUGAAUCAGAAACAAAGGCUAUAAUCAGAGAUCCAUUCAAGCUUGCAGAGGAAUCUGGCAAGGUGAAGCCCAGACAUGCACCUGGCGGCGCUGGAGGCUGCUGUGGCAAAAAGAAAAGCUGCUAGAUGGAAGGCCAGCACGGAGCUCACCGCACGCGCGAGCAGGCGUCAGCGAAAGAACAGCUCACAUAGGCUUUUAAACCCACUCUUCCCCCGUGCAGAGAUUACGGGAAGACGGCAAAGGCGCCACAAUCUAGAUUACUUUGAAGUGUGAGUUUUAGAAGGUGUUAAUCUAAGGUUCACAGCAAAUCACUAGUUUUUCUAUUUCACUAUUUCAGAGUUCUGGUGCCACCUAGUGGUCAGAAGUAGAACUUGGAAGCUUAUUAAAAUUGGAGGAGGAUGGUGGGAGAACAUCUUCCUUCUGGCCUACCACAGCACACAUCUGGAUUUUUCUGUGCUUACUCAGGAAGCAGAAUCCCUACUAAAUUUACACUAACUAUGCCAAAAGAUUGUCAAGUCAAGUUUGAUAGGAAUACUCUUCAGGUCCCUGUCUUUAACCUUUUUUUCUUUCUUUCUGUAAUUGAAUGAAGAAUAAAAUGAAUAAUAAAUUUGA